CAAAAAAAAAGAGAAAAGCGAAAACAUCGCCCUCUUUAUUAACGCCAGAAUCCUUAUGGCCUUGGAUCUUAUGUGUCAAUUUGUCACUUCUGUGUUCUAUUGGGACUUUCAUAAGAUUGAUUUGAUUGGAGAGAGCAGUGAUGAAGCGCUAUAGAAAUGGCGAAAUCUGGGACUUCGAACACGAAACUCCGGUGUCCGAGGACCGGCCGGUGAUUUUAGGAUUGGACGGCGGGACAACAUCCACCGUCUGUAUAUGCAUGCCAGUCCUACCUUUCUCCAAUCCUCUCCCGGACCCACUUCCCGUCCUUGCGCGUGCAGUCGCCGGUUGCUCCAACCACAACAGUGUUGGUGAAACUGCUGCUAGAGAGACAUUGGAGCAAGUUAUGGCAGAUGCCCUUUCAAAAUCAGGCUCCAAUCGCUCCGCAGUUCAAGCUGUUUGUCUAGCAGUUUCAGGUGUUAAUCAUCCAACAGAUGAACAAAGAAUUUUAAAUUGGCUUAGGGAUAUAUUCCCAAUUCAUGUUAAGCUAUAUGUCCAAAAUGAUGCUGUGGCAGCAUUGGCAAGUGGGACAAUGGGAAAGCUUCAUGGCUGCGUUUUAAUUGCUGGUACUGGCACUAUUGCUUAUGGAUUCACAGAAGAUGGUAGAGAAGCUCGGGCUGCAGGUGCUGGACCCAUCUUAGGUGAUUGGGGAAGUGGAUAUGGAAUAGCUGCACAAGCAUUAACAGCAGUAGUAAGGGCCCAUGAUGGUCGUGGUCCUGAAACAAUUCUGACAAAUAGUAUUUUACAGGAGCUUGAUCUUUGUUCUCCAGAUGAACUUAUUGGGUGGACGUACGCAGAUCCAUCUUGGGCUCGUAUUGCAGCUCUAGUUCCAGUCGUUGUAUCUUGUGCAGAGGCAGGUGAUGAAGUAGCAAAUAAAAUCUUGCAAGAUUCAGUUGAAGAGUUGGCUUUAAGUGUGAAAGCUGUUGUUCAAAAACUUGACUUAUGUGGUGAAGAUGGAAAUGCUUCUUUUCCCCUUGUUAUGGUUGGUGGUGUUCUUGAAGCAAAUAAGAGGUGGGAUAUAGGAAAAGAGGUUGUAAACUGCAUUUCCGAAGACUACCCUGGGGCUCUUCCAAUUCGGCCAAAGGUGGAGCCUGCAGUAGGGGCAGCAUUGUUGGGCUGGAAUUUCUUCAUGAAAGAGACUUGCAAGGAAGAUUACAAAAGAUGACGAAGGUGGGUUGAGUUGUACAGAAUCAAGUGCAUAAAUUGGCCGUUCAAGCAUAUUUUUCUUGGUAUGUUAUAAGAGGACUCUAUUAGCUUAGGUUGAUUUUUUUUUUCCCCUAAAUUACUCCCCAAAUUGGCUUAUUUUGUAGAUGUACUUGCAUUUAAACGAUUUGAAAAGAAAAAGAAGGAAAAAAAGUUGGAAGUCUCAGUUUGUGCUGCAUUGCAUGGUAUGCUGCAACUGUAACUUGUAUUGCCAAUUUGUCAGCAUCCAAUAUUAUAUUGAAAGUGAUUUUUUGUC